AUGGGCUACUUGGAAAUAUGGGCUACAGUUGCCUGCAUGUAAGUUGCAAUGUUGUUGAUGGCUGGUGACAUAUUCAUUUUUUUUUUUCAACAGGGGGUUCUCGAUCGUUUUUUUCCAAAGCAUCAUCCCCGGUACAGUAAAGGACGACCUAAAUAAGGAAAGUCAAAAUGUCCCUCCAGGCAAAACAAGUCAGAGUCCUGGUCCUCAACGAUAUGGAACAGCUGGGAAGGACACUCUUCCGCCUGGACCAAGGUACCUGGACAUUAUUUCCUUUUUAUGCAUGGCUUAGGCUACCAUGGUAUUGAUUUAUUGAGACUGAGAAUAACAAGAAAGUUUAGGUGGUAUUUUAACAUGAGACGUGUAGAAAUAUUUGCCAGUGUGCUAUUUCUAUAGAUAGCCCAUGGGGACUGGGGAUUGUGGUUGCAGGCAGACACAGGCAUGUCCCUCCCAGUCUUGUUGCAUUGCAGUUUUUGAACAUUUUAUUCUUUGUUCUUUUGUAGUUCUUUUGUUGUUGUUGUCGUGAGGCAGGAGUGUUGUCUUUUUCGUUUAAUAUAGACCGAAUUAUUGUAUCGAUUCAGACAUCUGUUGGUCGGUCAUCCAAGAUUUCCAGUAUACAAAUGCAUCAACGUUUUCUAGAUAGCACUCACAUUAUACAUUAUCAGUAAUAACCUCAUCCCAGCCAUUAUUCAUUUUAAUUCAGUGAUAUCUGGUAACGUGAGACUAUUAUGAGACAUAUCCAACAUAGUUUGCUUCCUUAAGAAGAGAUUCUGGUUUAGAUGAUUCAAAUAUUUCUAAAUUAUUUUCAUAAGCCACAACUACAGUUGAACAGCAACAACAGGAACUAGUAGAGAUCCAGUAUCACUCCACUUCUCCAGUUGAGCAACUGCAGGGCUGCAGUCUCAACCACACUUGAUAAGGCAGCUGCUGCUGAGCUUAUUAGCAAAAUAAAUGUUCAAAGAUCAGAAAGAACUCAUUGUUAUUCCUAUUAAUAACUUAUAGUCAAUGGCAGGGAUGGGCAACUUUAAAGCGGUGGGGGCAAACAAAAAAUCUGAACUCAUCAUGGGGGGGCCGCAGUGGCUCGCAGAGCACCCACAUUCAUACCAGCACAUGCAGUCAGAGCCGGCCCUAGACUUUUUGGGGCCCUAAGUAAAAUAUUUUGUUGGCCCCUCACCUUGCGAGCAAAACAUUUUAGCAGCCUCCCCUCUUGACAGCGGAGAGAAGAAAUUGACCUUUCAGAGUUAAUUUCUUGACAUUCUUCAUAUUUUGCCAUGGGGCAUAGAGAAAAUGUUGCAGUUUUAAAGCAAGUUUUCUGAAAUUCUGCACAUUUUGCCAUGGUGGCGGAGAGGAAAAUGUGUAAAAGUAAGUUGAGACAGCGACUGAGUUCCUACAAAAGGCAUGCUGCCCAUCCCUGGUUUUAGAAUAAGGCUGUAAUGUAACAAAAUGUGGAAAAAGUCAAGGGGUCUGAAUACUUUCUGAAUGCACUGUAUAAAUAUAUUGUAUGCUCAGGCCUGUUUGUACUAUAUGUUUCUUCUAAGGCUUUGAGCUCCAGUUCCGUCUGGGCCCUACUCUCCAGGGAAAACAUGUGCAUGUGCACACUAACUACCCUGCCCUGGGCAAACACUUUGACCGUCACACCUUCCAGGCCCUGGACUGGCACAACCCCACGGGAAGAGAGGACGACUCUGACAAGUUUUGCACCCUAGACCUGCAGAUCGCUGGAUCGUACCAAUACUACUUUGGUCACGGGUGAGAGUUAACACUAUUGUAAUACAGACCAGUAUUCAUAUUGCAUUUCUACAUGAGCCACAACAUCACUGGGCAACUCACUGGAGCAACUCAUGCUGUAUGUUCAAGUUGGAACGUUGUCAAGAUUGUCCUCAUAUAAUAAUUUAUUGUCCUCAUAUAAUCCUUGAAAUCCCCACUAUAAGUAAAUAUUCCAAAUUUUCACCCCCAGCCAUGAGGAGAAGUCAGGCGGUGGCUACAUAGUGGUGGACCCAGUGCUGCGUGCCGGGGCUGACAACCACCACGUCCAUCUGGACUGUAUCACCAUCCAGACCUACCUGUCCAAAUGCCUGGGACACCUGGAUGACUGGCCAGACAGACUGAGGGUGGCCAAGGAAUCUGGUGAGAGAGGAGGGCGACAGGGGUCCGUCUUGAUGCCAGCCUGCCUUUACGUGUGCUGGUCUUCCAUCCUGGUCCUGGAGGGCUGUGUAGGGCUUUAAUUGUUCCAACCCAGGACUAUAAUAACUGAUUCAACUUAUCAACUAGUCAUUAACUAAAUUAGAUAUACAGUAUUAGGUGUGUUAUGCCUGUAGUUUUCCAGGAUCAAGAGCGUAGAAUAGUCUUGUAGUCCAUCGUCUCACCAGGAAGUUUGAAUCCCAAUUAACAGGUUUGGCCGUAAUUCUUUAGGUGACCUACGGACACCAGUUUAGUUCAUGGUCCCAAGCCAAUGUUUAUACUACAUUUUCACCUUGUCAUUUUGCAAUAUCCCAGGCUUGUCCUCACUUGACAAUAGAAAGAGGGUCAGUUUAAUCAUUAACAAGCUGUAUGUAGUAGUAAUAACCGAAGUGAAAUGGAAAGCAUAGAUAUCAUGCCAUGCAAAGACGGCAUUCCCUGUGUUUUUCGGAUGAAACUUAACAAACUAAGUAAACAAAGAAAAUUCAGCUCCAAUGCUUGGAUAUUAACAUAAGCAUUUUGUUUGUUUCACAGGCUACAACAUGAUCCACUUCACCCCUCUCCAGACUCUAGGGAUAUCUAGGUCCUGCUACUCCCUAGCUGACCAACUAAGCCUGAACCCAGAGUUUUCACCACCGGGAAAGAACUACACCUGGACAGAAGUGGGAGAGUUGGUGCAGAGACUGAAGAAAGAGUGGAAUAUGAUCUGUAUCACUGACGUGGUCUACAAUCAUACAGGUGUGUGUGGGUGGGAUAGGGGAUGAACGUGUGCCUACUCGAUUGCAUCUGUGUCUCCCUCUCUUUGGUUGAAGGAUCAUUGCAAAAGCUGCCUAUUAGGUUAGAGAUGUUGCAUCACAGUCAGUAACUGUGAGGCCAUACCUAAAGAGCAGUUCCUCUCAAAGUUCAGAGAAAAAGUACCAGCAUUGUCAAAGAGCCAGGCUGGUCUCACAAUUCAUAGUUUAGUAGUCCUAUAUCCCUAAUAUCCCUCUAUAUGUACAACGUUUUUAAAGUCCCACUCUAGCCAAAGUUGGACAAAUAUCUUUCUAGGUGUUUUGUGUAGUUUCCAGUGUGUUGACUAAGGCCUUUUUUUGAAUCAGUGAUGUGUGCCUGUUGCUGUUAACAUCCCGUCAAGCGAGUGUUUAUUGAGAUGGUAUAGUUCUAGUUACCUUACUGGUUGCCAUAGCAGAACUCCUAAUAUCACAAUGAGUUUGCAUACUGCAUGUCUCUUACUGAACGUAGACUAGGGAAAGGUCACAGUCUCUAAAAUAAUGAUGAGUCAUGGUCCUCGAGUCUAGUGCGAGCUGAGUGGCGUGUUAAAAAUACCCUCCCUAGAUAAUUCUGCACCACUUGGUUAUGGCUGCUGGUGAACCUAGUCUGUGUGUGUGCAGUUGUGCAGCCAAGCUGUUGCAUAACAGUUCAGACAGACUCUGUGGAAUCUAUGUGACUAGCAUGCUAAGCUAAAAGAGAGAAUGCUUUCGCUGACUCAAGCUCCUAUUGGUUAGAUGUGUUUUGAAUAGAACCUGCGUCAAAGUGACUCAUUGCCAUUGGUUUCAGCAGUGGUUUCUUUUGUCUUCAGUGUUUGAGUGCAGUGCAGUGCUUGCAUGGAGGUAGUUGAGUUGUUUUUCUAUUGUCUACUAGUUUCUGUUCAGUGCAGUUGUAUCCUUUUUGGUUUGCAAGUGUCUGUAGUAAGGUUUAGUGUAGGUAGCCUGCUUCAGAACCCUAGGGAAGGCUUGAAGAACAUAAGGGCUUGAGAGCAGCAUUCUAUGGCCAAGACCCAGUAUUGUGAAAGGUCAGAUGGUCAGAGUAACCUUAUCUCCAUGGCAGUUUAAAGGUCAUGUGCUGACUGACGCCAGCAACUUGCUGAACUCUAUGGUCUGUGGUCAGUGCACCUUACAAUGAUGUACCAAUGGGUCUGCGCUGCUGUGAUAUGAUGUAACACUUUGAAAUGGUUACCUAUGUUAGAGUUCCCCUUUUCUGUCACAUGUGCUCAUAUUAUAAACAGGCACACACUAUGGUUAGAAUGUGUAUUAUCUGAGAAAUAACCUAGAUCAAAAUGUGAACAUUUCAGUGUUUACAUAAAAACAUCAUAUUUUUCAUGCAAAAAGAUUAAAUAAAAAGUCUGUAGGGUUUAUUAGAGUGAAGAGAUACCACUGGCAUUUUGAUCAUAUGCCCAUCGAUGAUCCUACCACUGAUAGAAGGUUAGUUUUGACAUCAUCAGGGAGUGUCUGCAUAGAAUCAAUGAACCUUCAUUCCCCUCUGUAAUAUUCCUUGACAAAGGCCUUAAUGUCCUUCAUAACAGUGCUGAUUUCAGUGUGGUAACUGUUGCUUUGUGCACUUCCCCUCGCCUGUGCAGCUGCCAACAGCCCGUGGAUCAAGGAGCAUCCUGAGUGUGGCUACAACCUGGUCAACUCCCCCCACCUGAGGUCAGCCUGGGUCCUGGACCGGGCCAUAUGGCACAUGACCUGCAACAUGGCUGAUGCUAAGUACGCCGCUAUGGGCCUCCCCGCCCAGGUCCAGAACGAGGGGCACCUCAAUGUGAGUGUCUGAGGUUCACUUUCUCAGCUAGGGUUGUGAAAUUCCAACCUUCCCAAAAGUCCCAUGUUUUUUUUAGAAAUCCCGGUUGGAGGAUUCUUGGAAUCAGUAGGGAAUAAGCAGGAAGGGAAUCCUCGAACCGGGAACUUAAAGGCCCAGUGCAGUCAAAAACAAGAUAUUCAUGUGUUUUAUAUACAGUGCCUUCGGAAAGUAUUCAGACCCAUUGACUUUUUCCACAUUUUGUUACGUUACAGCCUUAUUCUAAAAUUGAUUAAAACAAAUUGUUUUCUUCUCAUCAAUACCCCAUAAUGACAAAGCAAAAACAGGUUUUUGAAAAUUUAGCUAAUUUAUAAAAAUACGAAAAUCUGAAAUAUCACAUUUACAUAAUAACUCAGACCCUUUACUCAGUACUUUGUCAUGUGCCUUUUACUGAGGAGUGGCUUCCAUCUAGCCACUCUACCGUAAAGGCCUGAUUGGUGGAGUGCUGCAGAGAUGGUUGUCCUUCUGGAAGGUUUUCCCAUCUCCACAGAGGAACUCUAGAGCUCUGUCAGAGUGACCAUCAGGUUCUUGGUCACCUCCCUGACCAAGGCCCUUCUCCACCGAUUGCUCAGUUUGGCAUGGCGGCCAGCUCUAGGAAGAGUCUUGGUGGUUCCAAACUUCUUCCAUUUAAGAAUGAUGGAGGCCACUGUGAUCUUGUGGACCUUCAAUGCUGCAGACAUUUUUUGGUACCCUUCCCCAGAUCUGUACCUCGACACAAUCCUGUCUCGGAGCUCUACGGACAAUUCCUUCGACCUCAUGGCUUGGUUUUAGCCCUGACAUGCACUGUCAACUGUGGGACCUUAUAUAGACAGGUGUGUGCCUUUCCAAAUAAUGUCCAAUCAAUUGAAUUUACCACAGGUGGACUCCAAUCAAGUUGUAGAAACAUCUCAAGGAUGAUCAAUGGAAACAGGAUGCACCUGAGCUCAAUUUCGAGUCUCAUAGCAAAGGGUCUGAAUACUUAUGUAAAUAAGGUAUUUCUGUUUUUAAUUUUUUAUAAAUUUGAACACAAAAAAAUAAAUUAUGGGGUAUUGUGUGUAGAUUGCUGAGGAAAAUGUUUUAUUUAAUCAAUUUUAGAAUAAGGCUGUAACGUAACAAAAUGUGGAGAAAGUCAAGGGGUCUGAAUACUUUCCGAAGGCACUGUACAUUUCCACACUAUGAGGUUGGAACAAUAUUGUGAAAUUAUGAAAAGGAUGAUAAUGCCCUUUUAGUGUAAGAGCUGUUUGAAAAGGUCGCUUGAAAUAUCAGUCUGUUUUGGCCUGCCUGGUGACAUCACCAGGUGGUAAAUUAGUCAAUAGACCAAUAAGAAAGAGUUACAAAUCUCUCUACCAAUAACAUCUAGUUUUCAGUUUUCCCCUCCCCACUCAGACCACUCCCAGACAGUCCUAGCAAAAUUCUUACUUGAGAAAUUGCUAUUUAUGUUUAUUUUUGACUAUUUUAAUUGAAAGCAAUCACAGUAAUGUACUUAAUUGUUACCCAGAAAUUAUUUGAUAUUGAGAUAAAAACUGCUGCAUUGAACCUUUAAGGAAUGUUGACAGAUAUCUUUUACCCUGGCCACAGCACUAUAAUGGUUGUUGUCCAGAGUUUUUCCUGGUCAUGCCAUGAUGUGGUCAGGAAAAACUCCAGGGCCUUACACAUAACACCUCAUGGGAUUUGUCUUAAUGAAAUUGUGAGCUCCUUUUGUGAAGACCUAAACCUUUAUUUUUUUGUUUCACCUCUCUAAGGCGAUCCGCGAUGUUUUGUGGGGGCAGGUGUUCCCUAAGGUCAAGCUGUGGGAGUUCUUCCAGGUCAAAAUCGAGAACACUGUGGAGGAGUUCAGGACCCUGCUCACAGAAGGCGAGAGCAUUCAACUGAGCACUGUUCAGUACUGUUUUUAUCUUUCUGUUCAUGAUAUCUGCUGUGCCAUUAUAAUAACUGGGGUGUAUUCACAAGGAACCAAAAAGGAAGCAAGUAGGCCGAAACGUGGAGAGACCUACCUACUUACCUGAACUUGUCUCGUUUUCGUUGCAAAAUGUUUUAUACGGUUUGCUACGGUGUGCACUGAUGAAUACACCUGUGCUUUAUAAACACCUUAUGUCAGAGGGUCGUUCGAAAGAGUAACCAUCUCCUCUUCUCAUGAGCUCCACCUGUCCAAACAGUGACCGUGUAUGGAUUCGCACGAGAAGUAGAGCCAAGUCACAGUCAAACAGGCAUCUACCUCCACCUCAGUGGGAGUUUGCCCAUUUCUAAUGUGAAACAAAAUGACUCAAUAAAAAAUAAAAAUCAUGGGCCUCCCGAGUGGUGCAGCGGUCUAAGGCACUGCAUCGCAGGGUUCGAACCCAGGCUGUGUCACAACCGGCCGUGACCGGAGUCCCGUAGGGCAGUGCACAAUUGGCCCAGCGACGUCCGGGUUAGGGUGGGCUUUACUUGGCUCAUCGUGCUCUAGCAACUCCUUGUGGCGGGCUGGGCGCCUGCAGGCUGGCUUCGGUCGUCAGUUGAACAGUGUUUCUUCUGACACAUUGGUGCAGCUGGCUUCCGGGUUAAGUGGGCGGAUGUUAAGAAGCGCUGUUUGGCGGGUCAUGUUUCGGAGGACACAAGACUCGACCUUCGCCUCUCCCGAGCCCGAUGAGACAAGAUCGAAGUUGGGUAGAAAAAGGGGGUAAAAUACAAAAAAUAUAUAUAAAUAUAAAUGGGGAGAAAUUGCAAAUGUGUUGAUUUAUCAUUAUCCAAUUUUCCUUUUUUGGCAGCUAUAAUUUCUCAAUAGCUGUGUUUUGGUAUUGAGGAUAUGCUUGAAUGUGUUGGUAUUGAUGAAGUAAUUGUAUGUUGUGGUAUUAUGUGAUUGUCCUCAGGAGCGAAACCAGACCAGAAGAAGACUGGGGGUAAACAGGGACUUAAGAUCAUCCAGGACCCCAAGUUCAGACGCUUCGGAAAUAAAGUGGACAUGGAUUCUGCUCUGGAGACCUUUGUGCCUCACAGGUUAGUGUGUGCGUGUUAUCAUGAUGAACUGAUGAUAAUGACUUAACAUCAGUUCAUUGAGUAGAUUAUUUCGAUCCCCAAAUCUAAAGCCAAGUCUCGUCCUGCACAUUGUCAAUUCUUUUCCCUGUCCAGCCGCAGUCCUCAAGCCAUUCUGGAGGCCUGUAACUGGCUGUGGGGGAGACUGGAGGAGAUCAAUAAAGAGCAGUACCAGCAGAUGCUACACCACCAGGAGCAGGUAGGGCAUCAGUAGCUUUGGUAUGUUCCAUAUGUGUGUCUGAGUAAUGUAGUCCAUCCGUUUUACAAUUCUUUGUUCUGCUUCUUGUUUUCCAAACAGGCUGCUAACUGCAUCGUGGGAAAUGUAGUUUAUGAGCGCCUGGCUGACCACGGACCCAAGCUGGGCCCCGUCACCAGGAAAGACCCUAUUGUUACCAGGUAGGCUAUGUGUGCUGACUGCUUGUAGAUGUUAAAAGGCUUGAUGAAUUAGUUUACUUCACUCAUAUUAAUAUAAAAACAGAUUUAGAAACAAGGUCUACAGUAUUAUGACUGUAAUGGCAAAGAAGGAGAUGAACUUUAUUCCUUGGCAUUGAAAAAAGUGGGUUCCAUUCGUGACAUUAGCGAUUAUAUCAUGCUAUGCUUAUUUAAACAGGAGUGCCCUCCUUAGCAGUCAUGCACAUGUAAAUACAAUUUGGGUCCUUUGUUUACAAAUUUUAUUGUGGAUCCAAAUAAAUAAAUGCGUUUGUAUGUUGACAGAUACUUCACCUUCCCGUUCGAGGAGAAGAGCCUGGAGGAUGACCUGCCGAUGAUGGACCAGCCAGACAAGGCCUGUCACUUCCUGGCUCACAAUGGCUGGGUGAUGGGAGACGACCCUCUUAGGAACUUUGCUGAGCCAGGUCCGCACUUUUUAUUUGACAUUCAUUCACUCCUGCCCAUUGUGCCGGCUGGCACUUAGGCAGCAACAAAAUAAUCUCCACUUCUGACACUCUUCGGCUGUCUUCUCCACUGUGCCCCAGCUCUGGGGAUGUUGGAGCUCAGUCAAUUGUUUUAAAUUAUAAUAAUUAAAAAAUGUGCUUUUAUCUAGAUCAACUUACAAUACGUGCAUUCAGCUAAGGAAGAGGAUAAUACUUUACGCUCACUUUUUCCGUCAGGGCAAAGAUCUGUGUCUCUCUAUGGGUCAAUGACACGCAAACCGUGUGGAGAUACGUGAUCAAGUCACUCUGAAUAAGAACAACUGCUAUCUUACCAAAUAUUUAGCCUAAGUGAUAUAGAUGAAUGUAAAGAUGAAUGCAUAGUUUAGACUUUAUAGACAAAAAGCUGGAAAUAGUGAUGCUGGUUCUGUGGUAAUAUGAUAAUUCCACAAAGGGGAGCCAGUGAGCUGUAAAUAUCAUUCCCAGUGUUACUAAAGGCCCAGUCCCUGAGAACUUAAAGAAAACAAAUGCCUUUCCAUCUUUCCAGGCUCCAACGUGUACAUCAGGAGAGAGCUGAUCUGCUGGGGCGACAGCGUCAAACUUCGCUAUGGCAACAAGCCCGAAGACUGCCCCUACCUGUGGGCCCACAUGCAGAAGUACACAGAGAUCACGGCCAAGCACUUCGCUGGGGUCCGCCUGGACAACUGUCACUCCACCCCUCUGCACGUGGCUGAGGUACUGUACAUAAUUCCAUUCAGUCUGAGCCAUUGAGUUUGUUAUUACACUCCAUGUAGCCCAUACCAUCUAUGAAACCCAUAUCGUUACUGUAUGGCCAAUUAAUAUGAUUCAGGUAUCUUCCAAGAUAAUUGAUACAGUAGAUGUAUGAAUAAAGUUAGGGAUCAUUCGCUGUAAAGUGACAAAACAAUGUCAUAACUGAAACCACUCUCCUUCCGUAGCACAUGCUGGCUGCAGCCAGGGCGGUCAGGCCCAACCUGUAUGUAAUCGCUGAGCUCUUUACGGGCAGCGAACUGAUUGACAAUGUGUUUGUUAACCGCCUGGGGAUAACCAGUCUUGUCAGAGGUACCGGACGUUGACAUGUAGUGGACACAGCACUGGAGUGGUGGGGGUUAAACCCCAGGUUACACUUUAUUUUACAUAUCUGGUGUUUACUAGACUUUCAAUUGAAAAUGUUUAUUUAAAUGACGUAAUAAUUGCAUUUUGGUGUCUUUUGAGAUUUAUUGAAAAACAUCAAUUUGUAUCAUCUGGUACCAGUUUCUUCAAAGCAAGUACCAGAAAGUAUCGUUGGUUACAACUUAAUGUUUGAGUAAACACCAAAUACCAUCUAAGGACUGUAAAAUAGUGUUACCAAAAAUGUUUUGUUUUGGCAUGACACUAAAUCUCUGUUUUUGACUCUUUCUGUGUGUCUCUCUAAUAUCUACCAUUUACAACCCACAUUUCAUAAUUCCUAUACCUCACUUGACAUACUAUCUUGCUAUCUGCUAAACAUUUUUGCAUUGUACAUAUCACCUUUCGCUUACUUCCCGGUCUGAACACCUCAUUGACCUUUUGACCUUUACCAUUGGCAUCCUCCUCACCCCUUUCUCGGUUCUCUUCUCAUAUUUCUGUCUCUUUGUUUGGUUUGUGUUUGGCAUGUUUUCUUUUGCACCUUGAACCCCCCCAUGACCCCUCUUCCAUACUAACCUGCUCUCCUGCUUAGCUUCGCCGUACCUCCCUACAUUUCGACUUCUUCUCCCUCUCCUUCCCCUCCCUCCACCCUCUCUCUGUGCUUUAACCCACCGUUGACUGACCUGUGGAUGUGUACAUGUAGUACAUGUUGGACGUGGCUCGUGUGUUGAGGCCCAGUCUGUACGUGGUGGCUGAGCUGUUCACGGGCAGCGAGGACCUGGACAAUGUCUUUGUGACUAAGCUAGGCAUUACCUCGCUCAUCAGAGGUAGGAUUGCACACCACUAGCCUGGUCCCAGAAUGGUUUGUUCCGUCUUGCCAACUCCUUUGGUUCUUGUCAUGAAUGACCAUAUGAGUUGGUAAGACACCACAAACAGAUCUGAGACCAGGUUAGCGCAUAUGUGAAUGACAUUUUUUACCAACGGGCAUUCUCAAUUCCUGCAUGUUGACACCAUUUGUAUGUGAUUGAAAAGACUACAAACUAAUACGGUGGUGUAACUGUGAACCCCUCCCUCUCCCUCCCUUCCUGGCCCCUCCAGAGGCAAUGAGUGCAGGGGACAGUCACGAGGAGGGCAGGCUGGUGUACAGGUACGGAGGGGAGCCCGUCGGGGCCUUCGUCCAGCCCAGCCUCCGCCCCCUGGUGCCGAGCAUCGCCCACGCCAUGUUCCUGGACGUCACCCACGACAACGAGUGCCCCAUUCAGGUACCUUAUUCUUAAGUGCCCUAUUUAGGUAGCCUAUCCUUCUGCUAUUCAGGUACAGCACGGUGUUAUAGUGACCAUUGCUAGUUCAUUGCUGUAAAUAAAAUAUCUAGGCUCGAUUUCAAUAUGCACAAUAGCUAGCAAACUACUGCUUAAAAUGAAGCAAUUAUAUUGGGCAUGCAUUCUAAGUGGUAUGCUAGUGUGUGCAUUGCAGGAAAGUUAUCCUGCAACAAGGUGAUCAAAUGCUAUAUCUGUAGGGGCUUCACACUGUUGGGAACCUGGUUGAUUUCAGUAUGAACUUUGGGUUUAAUUGCAGUACUAUAUGAAACUCCAGUGAGACGGGGGAGCGGUACCCCUUUGUUUGCUGUCUCCAUGUUCACUCUCUGGGAACAUUUCCCCCUAGUGAAAAAAAGAGAGACAACCACAAACCUGGGUGUGUGUCAAUUCCUUUGUUGUUGUCUAUGUUCCAGCUCCGCUCUGCGUACGACUCGCUCCCCAGCUCUGCCAUUGUCUCAAUGGCCUGCUGUUGCUCUGGCAGCACCAGGGGAUAUGAUGAGAUGGUGCCCCACCAGGUAACACACACACAUUUUCUUUGUCAUAACAGUAUAAUGAUUUUUAUCCAGAUAUUUGUAUAUCUUAAAUGCAUAUACACCGCUAUAGCGUCACAAUAUCUUAAAUCACUUUAAGUAUAAAGCCAAGGAGUUUUGAAUGAUGGUAGCUAGGUACCCCUGGUAUCAUAUGAAAACAGAAGACAUGGCAAAAUGUGUAGAAUUGCAGGAAAGGAGAUUUAAAACUGCAACAUUUCUCUCCGGCCCAUAGCAGAAUUUGUAGAAUUGCAGGAAAUUAUGUUUAAAACUGCAACAUUUUCUCUCCAGCCCAUAGCAAAAUGUGUAGAAUUGCAGGAUAUUAUGUUUAAAAAACUGCAACAUUUUCUCUCUGCCAAUAAGAGGGUGUGAAUAGUUUGGGGUAGCGAGGUGGUGGUUUGUUACUACGCCAAUAAAUGACAAUAUCCAUCCGGACCUUUGCCACCUAGGACAUUUGUGUGACUGGACCUUCUCAAAUAGUACUUGAGUACCCCUGCCUGGACUAGACUCUUUAGGGACCAUCUCCCCUGCCUGGACUAGACUCUUUAGUGACCAUCUCCCCUGCCUGGACUAGACUCUUUAGUGACCAUCUCCCCUGCCUGGACUAGACUCUUUAGUGACCAUCUCCCCUGCCUGGACUAGACUCUUUAGUGACCAUCUCCCCUGCCUGGACUAGACUCUUUAGUGACCAUCUCCCCUGCCUGGACUCGACUCUUUAGUGACCAUCUCCCCUGCCUGGACUCGACUCUUUAGUGACCAUCUCCCCUGCCUGGACUAGACUCUUUAGUGACCAUCUCCCCUGCCUGGACUAGACUCUUUAGUGACCAUCUCCCCUGCCUGGACUAGACUCUUUAGUGACCAUCUCCCCUGCCUGGACUAGACUCUUUAGUGACCAUCUCCCCUGCCUGGACUAGACUCUUUAGUGACCAUCUCCCCCUGCCUGUCUGCCUGUAGAUCUCAGUGGUCAAGGAGGAGCGUUUCUACCCCAAGUGGAACCCUGAAGCCAAGGCCUCGUCCCCCGGGGAGGUCAACCUGAAGACGGGUAUCAUCGCUGGCAAGCUGGCCCUCAACAAAAUGCACCAGGAACUGGCUUCCAAGGGCUUCAACCAGGUGGGUGUGUGGGGGAAUGGUUGUUCGUCUUACUCAAACCAAAUCCUCACCCAUAUCCAUAGGCCUUUUGAAUGGUUAUUGGCAACAUGGUGAAUUGUGAUUGUAGACUAUUAGUAGGCUGGAUUAAAUAGAUAUGACAUAGCAGUUACUCCUAUUUAGUCCUUUGAGAUGUGAAGAGGAGUCGAUAAUAACCAAGGGAUCAUUUUGGCAUUGGCCCUACAGUAUGUGUGUGUGAAUGUAUAAAUGUAUUUGCAGGAUAAGAGUUGUUUGUAACACUACUUGUCCCCUGUCCCUCUCCUAGGUGUACGUAGACCAGGUGGACGAGGACAUUGUGGCAGUGACGCGUCACUGUCCCAGCACCCACCAGUCUGUGGUGGCCGUGUGUCGCACUGCCUUCCACAACCCCAAACACCACCAGUACAGGAAGGAGGUUCCACCCAUGUUCAUCCCUGGUGUGAUGCUUCGCUGUUACCAUAAACAGGACACUGUCCUCAGAAUGGACCUAUAUAGAAAUACAAUUAUACUAGAGUGGCUUAUGUCAUUCAUCUUCGGAACUCUAGAAUGUGCUGAUAAUGGCAGCCAUCUUGGUCAGGGAUCAUUUCGAAACCAGUAUGAUUGGAGAAAAAAAUGUGAAGAGAGGCACAGGAGAUGACUUGAGAACACUACUGACCUGGAUGCACCUACUAUUUUAACACAAUCCCCUUCAUCUCUCUCCAACUCCAGGUAAAAUUGAGGAGGUGGUUCUGGAGGCACGUAUCAUCGACAGGCAAGCCGGCACCUACAAGAAAUGCGAGAAGUACAUCAACGGCAUGCCUGAGUACACCGUGGAGAUUAAGGAGCACAUCCAGGUAAUGUGAUGCUGGGGAACGUGGGUAAUAAUUACAGUUGUUUAGGCCCCCUGUCACAAUGGGCUUGAGCGGUAAAGAUCGCUGUGUGACAAGUAUUUCCUCUCAAACAAAACAAAUCCAUUCUCAGACUGGGUCUUCAAAAACAAGAAGCUUCAGUGGCAUCCGGUUACAUUUCACAAGCUGGUAUUGUGUCUGUAUUCUGUCUGGCUUGUUUGUCAGUUUCUAUUGAAUGCCAUUUAGUUUACAUAGCUAUUUCCUCAGUGUUAGCUGCUUAGUUCGCUUGAGCAAGGCACUUACAGUGAGGGAAAAAAGUAUUUGAUCCCCUGCUGAUUUUGUAUGUUUGCCCACUGACAAAGAAAUGAUCAGUCUAUAAUUUUAAUGGUAGGUUUAUUUGAACAGUGAGAGACAGAAUAACAACAACAAAAUCCAGAAAAACGCAUGUCAAAAAUGUUAUAAAUUGAUUUGCAUUUUAAUGAGGGAAAUAAGUAUUUGACCCCCUCUCAAUCAGAAAGAUUUCUGGCUCCCAGGUGUCUUUUAUACAGGUAACAAGCAGAGAUUAGCAGCACACUCUUAAAGGGAGUGCUCCUAAUCUCAGCUUGUUACCUGUAUAAAAGACACCUGUCCACAGAAGCAAUCAAUCAAUCAAUCCGAUUCCAAACUCUCCACCAUGGCCAAGACCAAAGAGCUCUCCAAGGAUGUCAGGGACAAGAUUGUAGACCUACACAAGGCUGGAAUGGGCUACAAGACCAUCGCCAAGAAGCUUGGUGAGAAGGUGACAACAGUUGGUGCGAUUAUUCGCAAAAGGAAGAAACACAAAAUAACUGUCAAUCUCCCUCGGCCUGGGGCUCCAUGCAAGAUCUCACCUCGUGGAGUUGCAAUGAUCAUGAGAACGGUGAGGAAUCAGCCCAGAACUACACAGGAGGAUCUUGUCAAUGAUCUCAAGGCAGCUGGGACCAUAGUCACCAAGAAAACAAUUGGUAACACACUACGCCGUGAAGGACUGAAAUCCUGCAGCGUCCGCAAGGUCCCCCUGCUCAAGAAAGCACAUAUACAGGGCCGUCUGAAGUUUGCCAAUGAACAUCUGAAUGAUUCAGAGGAGAACUGGGUGAAAGUGUUGUGGUCAGAUGAGACCAAAAUCGAGCUCUUUGGCAUCAACUCAACUCGCCGUGUUUGGAGGAGGAGGAAUGCUGCCUAUGACCCCAAGAACACCAUCCCCACCGUCAAACAUGGAGGUGGAAACAUUAUGCUUUGGGGGUGUUUUUCUGCUAAGGGGACAGGACAACUUCACUGCAUCAAAGGGACGAUGGACGGGGCCAUGUACCGUCAAAUCUUGGGUGAGAACCUCCUUCUCUCAGCCAGGGCAUUGAAAAGGGUUAGUGGAUGGGUAUUCCAGCAUGACAAUGACCCAAAACACAUAGCCAAGGCAACAAAGGAGUGGCUCAAGAAGAAGCACAUUAAGGUCCUGGAGUGGCCUAACCAGUUUCCAGACCUUAAUCCCAUAGAAAAUCUGUGGAGGGACUUGGAGAAGAUCUGCAAAGAGGAGUGGAACAAAAUUCCUCCUGAGAUGUGUGCAAACCUGGUGGCCAACUACAAGAAACAUCUGACCUCUGUGAUUGCCAACAAGGGUUUUGCCACCAAGUACUAAGUCAUGUUUUGCAGAGGGGUCAAAUACUUAUUUCCCUCAUUAAAAUGCAAAUAAAUUCAUAACAUUUUUGACAUGCUUUUUUCUGGAUUUUGUUGUUGUUAUUCUGUCUCUCAUUGUUCAAAUAAACCUACCAUUAAAAUUAUAGACUGAUCAUGUCUUUGUCAGUGGGCAAAUGUACAAAAUCAGCAGGGGAUCAAAUACUUUUUUCCCUCACUGUAACCCUAAUUGCUUCUGUAAGUUGCUCUGGAUAAGACUGUCUGCUAAAUGAUUAAAAUGUAAAAAUGUUAAUGUAGAACCAUGUACUUUUUCCUGUUUAGUCAAAGCAAAACAUUUGGUUAUGUUGUGUAUAGACCAGCAAAAGUCGAUUCAUAAUUGUCCUCAACUCUCCUCUCAAUCGGCCAUUGUGGAUGUUCUUUUAUGUGGUAGUGAAACAUUAUUCACCCCUGUUCUUCUAUGUCCCCUGUCACCCCAGCUGAAAGACAGUGGCGUUGUGAAACACGCAGGCGUGACGUCUAAGGGCAGCAGUGAGUUUGUCCAGGAGAUCGUCUUCGAGCGCCUCACCCCCGGCAGCGUCAUCGCCUUCAGGUCAGAGGUCAUGAUGAGCAGCCCAGUAAAUGUUGAAUUUCAAAGUAUACUCUACUAUAACACACACCAAUGUUAGUGAGGGAUGGGGAUGUUCUCUGGCCAGUUUGGACCCCUAUUGUCCACUCACAGCUCACAGAUAAUAUUGUUGACUCUGCACCCCUUCGAUAGCUCAGUUGGUAGAGCGGAGGACUGUAGGUAAAAUAACAGUGAUCCUUAGGUCGCUGGUUCAAAUCCGGCUCGAAGGAGGAAACCUUUUCCUCUAGCUUUUGGCUGACUUUUCAUGGCAGGAAUUCAGGAAUCUCUCCAGCCCUGCAGAUAGUAUGUCACCUAGCCUGGUCUCAGAUCUGUUUGUGCUAUCUUGACAACUCCUGUGUUCAUUGUCAGGCCAAUGGCACAAUCAGAUCUGGGACCAGGCGAGAUGUCUCCCUCUCUGAGAUGUAUAUGUGUUUCCCUCACCAGGGUGAGUCUGGACCCUAAGGCCCAGGAGCUGGUGGGAGUCAUCAGACAUCACCUGAUCCAGUUCAGCCCCAAGUACAAGCCUGGCAGUCUGCCUGACCAACACACACCAACCAUACUGGAGACACCACUGGCACAGUGAGUAUACAUCAUACAAACACACACACAAAUGUACCGUUACACACACACACACACACACACACUGCAUUGCAAACACACACAGUGCAUUCGGAAAGCUAUCAGACCCCUUCACCUUUUCUACAUUUUGUUACAUUACAGCCUUAUUCUAAAAUGGAUUAAACACUUUUUUUCUUAAAUUUUUGCAAAUGUAUAUACAAAAAAAAAGGAUACCUUAUUUACAUAAGUAUUCAGACCCUUUGCUAUGAGACUCGAAAUUGAGCUCAGGUGUAUCUUGUUUCCAUUGAUCAUCCUUGAGAUGUUUCUACAACUUGGAGUCCACCUGUGGUACAUUCAAUUGAUUGGACAUGAUUUGGAAAGGCACACACCUGUCUAUAUAAGGUCCCACAGUGCAUGUCAGAGCUAAAACCAAGCCAUGAGGUCGAAGGAAUUGUCCGUAGAGCUCAGAGACAGGAAUAUGUCGAGGUACAGAUCUUGGGAAGGGUACCAAAAAAUUUCUGCAGCAUUGAAGGUCCACAAGAUCACUGUGGCCUCCAUCAUUCUUAAAUGGAAGAAGUUUGGAACCACCAAGACUCUUCCUAGAGCUGGCUGCCCAGACAAACUGAGCAAUCGGGAGAGAAGUGCCUUGGUCAGGGAGGUGACCAAGAACCCGAUGGUCACUUUGACAGAGCUCCAGAGUUCCUCUGUGGAGAUGGGAGAACCUUCCAGAAGGACAACCAUCUCUGCAGCACUCCACCAAUUAGGCCAUUAUGGUAGAGAAAGGCACCUAAAUGACUCUCAAACCAUGAGAAACAAGGUUCUCCUGUCUGAUGAAACCAAGAUUGAACACUGGCCUGAAUGCCAAGCGUCACGUCUGGAGGAAACCUGACACCAUCCCUAUGGUGGAGCAUGGUGGUGGCAGCAUCAUGCUGUGGGGAUGUUUUUCAGCGGCAGGGACUGGGAGACUAGUCAGGAUCGAGGGAAAGAUGAACAGAGCAAAGUACAGAGAGAUCCUUGAUGAAAACCAGCUCCAGAGCACUCAGGACCUCAGACUGGGGGCGAAGGUUCACCUUCCAACAGGACAACGACCCUAAGCACACAGCCAAUACAAUGCAGGAGUUGGUUCGGGACAAGUCUCUGAAUGUCCUUGAGUGGCCCAGCCAGAACCUGAACAUGAACCCGAUCUAACAUCUCUGGAGAGACCUGAAAAUAGCUGGGCAGCGACACUUGAGAGGAUCUGCAGAAAAGAAUGGGAGAAAAUCCCCAAAUACAGAUGUUUUUGCUUUGUCAUUAUGGGCUAUAGUGUGUAGAUUGAUGAGGGGAAAAAAACAAUUUAAUAAAUUUUAGAAUAAGGCUGUAAUGUAACAAAAUGUGGAAAAAGUCAAGGGGUCUGAAUACUCUUUCCGAAUGCACUCACCAAGUGUAUUGGAAAAGCGUUACGCUUACAAUGGCUAAAAAGGAAUAGUAUGUUUGUUUUUUCCUGGUAGUAAUAUAUUUGUAUAGUGAUUCAUUGUGUCCAUACAGUAUGUGUUGAGAUACUGAUCAACAAGACUCUGUUGUCUCCAGUUGUGCUCUCAGCUGGGUGUGUUGUAAUGCUAUGUGACUCCAUCUUCUAUCCCCAUUCAGGAUCAUGUCUAAGCUGACUCUGGGCGACAUGAACAUGCUGCUGUUCCGCUGUGACUCUGAGGAGCAGGAGGACGGAGGAGGAUGCUACAACGUCCCCUCCUGGACCAGCUUCAAGUACGGUGGCCUGCAAGGUACAGGACAGUUCACAGUGAGGUGGUCCAGUCAGCACCAGGGUUGGGGUCAAUUCCAUUUCAAUUCGGUCAAUUCAGAGUAAAUUUGAAUUUGAAUUUUACAGUUUACUUCCUGAAUUUACUGAAUUGAUCCUAACCCUGGUCAGCACACAUUGUGGAAGUUGCCCCUAACCACUGAUACAGGGUCAGAUAUUUUUCCAUCCCCCAUAAUGGUUAGGAUUUGGGUUGGAAAGCUGAUCCUAGAUCUGUGCCUACAAGCAGCUGUACACAUGCUGAAUGAAACUGGACUUAGAAAUUGAAAACGGGAUUCACUGUUUUCAUACAGGUCUGCUGUCAGUGAUGGCGGACAUUCGUCCCAAGAACGACCUGGGCCACCCAGUGUGUGACAACCUUAGACAGGGUGACUGGAUGAUCGACUACGUCAGUAACAGACUAUUGUCCCGCGGUGGCGCUCUAGGAGAGGUGACAGUAAUUCAAACUGAAUGAAUGAAUCCCAUUUAGAUUUUUCAUAGGCCUUAUGAUGGUAAGAAGUAGACAGACAAGACCGUCUGAUGAACUUGACAAUGAUUAUUGUAAUUGGAAAGAAAUUAAUCAAUUAACAACUCUGCCCAGCUAAGGUCUAAGACAUGAGUUUUAAAUCGACCAGUGUGGUAGCAGUAUGAUAAAAGGAAGAUGAUUAUCAUCAUUGUCAUCAUUUUCGAGUUUGGUUUUAUCCAGAUAACAUGUGUUGUCUCGGUUGUUUCCAGGUGGGGAAGUGGUUCAAGGCGAUGUUCCAUUAUCUGAAGCACAUCCCUCGCUACCUCAUCCCCUGCUACUUUGACGCCAUUUUAGUGGGAGCCUACACCACGGCUCUUGACACCACCUUCAACAAGAUGUCCAGGUACAAGCUUAGGAUCUUAAUUUGAUCACCCUGUUGCAGGAAAUGCACACCUGUAGGGUAUUCAAGGUAAAAAAAUGCUUCUAAAGUUUGUAAUUUCCCCUUAAACAUUUCAGACUUGAUUUGCCCUAAUUAUGUAUCAACCCCUACAAAAAUGUCCAUUCAUUAUAUGCCACACAAUAAUUCAGAUUUCCUGUAGCUGCAGGAUUAUUUUCCUCCUGUGAGAAACUGGUCAAAUUAAGAUUCUACACCUGGAUGUCUCACAUAAACAACCCUAUAACGUUUCUCUCAUGCUUAACAUACGCUUAGGAAAUUAUGCAAUAGAAGAAUGGAAUAUACUUAAAUGAUUAGAUUUAGUGAGAAUAUUUGUAUUAAGAAAGGCCCUGCACCUUUAACGGUAUUGGUGCCGAAACCCGGAACCAUACCAUUAAAUUUUUUUGACAACAUCUUUUAACCUCUAUCCUUUUUUACAACAUAUGUGUUUUCUCAUGGUGUCUUCAGUUUUGUCCAGAAAUGGUGCACAGUAUUUUUUAUGUAAAACCAUGUUUUUCUCCUGGUUUCUGUCUCGUUCAGUUUCGUACAGAACGGCUCAACCUUUGUCAAACUGCUAGCCCUGGGCUCGGUCCAGAUGUGUAGUGUGGGCAGUUUCCCGGCUCUGCCGCCCUUAUCUCUGGAACUACCCGACGUCCCCUACCGCCUCAACAAGGACACUGGCAAGAAGGAGCAGUGCUGCGUCUCCCUGGCCGCAGGUCUGCCUAGAAAUAACACAUUUCUAUUAUAUUCUACUAUUCUACUUCUGUAAACAGUAGUGGGACGCCAACCUAAUCACCAUAAUGCUUCUCUGUUGAUAUUCAGGAAACAAAUAAGUGGUGUUUAAGUCUAUUGUUGAUCGGCAAAAUGGUCUAUUGUUGUCAGUCGCUUGGUAUUUUAAGCUGAAACAAUUCUACAAGCUUCAGUUCAUGACCAAUCCAGUAGCUAUCAGCUGACAAAGUCCUAUUUGUAUCUCUGUACCAUUUGAGAAUUAGUGUUUGAAUUUCAGCUGCAUUUGAACGUCUUGUUCCUUUAUUCAUCUCUACCUUCAUGUUUCACAGGUCUGCCUCACUUCUCCUCUGGAAUCUUCCGCUGCUGGGGCCGAGACACCUUCAUCUCGCUGCGUGGACUCAUGCUGAUCACUGGUCGUCACCUGGAGGCUAGGUGUGUAUUCUCUCUGCACUGUAAUAGUAUCCAAAUGUAACUUCUUAGCUAUUAGAAAAUAUAUAACCAGUGGUUUAAAGUACUUAAGUGAAAAUACUUGAAAGUACUACUUAAGUAGCUUUUUUGGGGUAUCUGUACUUUAAUAUUUAUAUUUUUGACAACUUACUUUUACUUCACUACAUUCUUAAAGAAAAUAAUGUACUUUUUACUCCAUACAUUUUCUCUGACACCCAAAGGUACUCGUUACAUUUUGAAUGCUUAGCAGGACCGGAAAAUUGUCAAAUUCACACACUUAUCAAGAUAACAUAUUUUGUCAUCCCUACUGCCUCUGAUCUGACGGACUCACUAAACACACAUGCUUUGUUUGUAAAUUAUGUCUGAGUGUGCCCCUGGCUCUCCGUAAAUUAAAAAAACAAGAAAAUGGUGGCGUCUGGUUUGCUUAAUAUAAGGAAUUUGAAAUUAUUUAUACUUUUAAUUGUGAUACUUAGUAUAUUUUAGCAAUUACAUUUACUUUUGAUUUAAAACCAAAUACUUUUAGACUUUUACUCAAGUAGUAUUUUACUGGGUGAAUUUUACUGGGUGACUUUCACUUUUACUUGAGUCAUUUUCUAUUAAGGUGACUUUUUCCACCACUGGAUAUAACACUGGAGUACAUUUGAUAUAUUAAUUGAAUGUCUAUUUUUCCUACAGAAACAUCAUCCUGGCAUUUGCAGGCACCCUGAGACACGGUCUUAUCCCCAACCUGUUGGGCGAGGGCAUCUGUGCCCGCUUCAACUGCCGUGAUGCCGUGUGGUGGUGGCUGCAGUGCAUCCAAGACUACUGUACCUUGGUGCCCGAGGGCAUUGCCAUCCUCCACUGCCCCGUGGUCAGGAUGUACCCCCAUGACGACUCCGAGCCCCAGGCCCCCGGCACUCCGGUAGGUCACAUCUAUACACAUACAGUACACACACAUUAUGCCUGAACGCAUACACUUACACACUUUCGUUUCAUCCCUCUCUCUCACACACACACCCACAUGUACACAUAUAGACACAAACAGACAUAUACAUAAACACAUACAUACGCACACACACACACACACACACACACACACUCCAUCUCUCAUCUCACAAAUAUAGACACACAUAUGCAUAAACGCAUACAUGUCCACACAUACACCUACAGUGCCUUCAGAAAGUAUUCAUACCCCUUGACUUAUUCCACAUUUUGUUGUUACUGCCUGAAUUCAAAAUUGAUUAAAUAUGUUUUUUUUUAUCUCAGCCAUCUGCACAUAAUACCCCAUAAUGACAAAGUUAAACUUUAGCUAAUUUAUUGAAAAUGAUAUAUAUAAUUAUCUAAUUUACAUAAGUAUUCACACCCCUGAGUCAAUACUUUUUUAUAUAUAUAUAUAUAUAUAUAUAUAUAUAUAUAUAUAUAUAUAUGCGUUUAUGCAUAUGUGUGUCUAUAUUUGUGCAUGUGAGAGUGUGUGCGUGAGAAAGUGAGAGAGAUGGAGAGUGUGUGUGUUUGUGUGUAUGUAUGUGUUUAUGUGUGUUUGUGUCUAUGUGUACAUGUGGGUGUAUUUAUUUUUUAUUUUAUUUUUUUGGGGGGGGGGUAGAUCAGCUUUAAUAUUGCAAAUAGAUUGUGACUUCUAUCAAUGUAAUUAUCUGCAUCAUUUUCAAUCCCCCAUAUAUUUUUUGGUAAAUAUAUAUAUAUAUAUUUUUCUAUGUAUUUUCCUGCUUUAUUAUUUUCCCCUAACCCUACCAUCCCUCCCCUAAUUGGAGUAAAUUAAUGGACAACAAUACUUUGGCUUCUACUUCCAGCUUAUACAUACUAUAUGCAUUUUACGGACACACUAUAUUUUACAUUAGUUAUCUUGUUUUUUGUUAUUUUCAGUCCCACCUUUCAGCUCCCCUCAACCCCUCCCAUCUAGCUCUUAACACCAUAGAGUUUUGAUUUCUAUUUGCCAUAUACAGUAUUUUUCAACUGUGCUAUGAUGUUUCACAAAAGUUCGGAACCUUUCUAUUCUCAUAGUUUCUACAGAUUGCAAAUUAAAGAUAAAAUGGUUUGCUAAGAGUAUUAUUAUAUUAUUAAUCGAUUGACUAUGAGAUUUCAUAUCACCCAGCAGUGCUAUUUGCAGAGUUAGCUCCAGAAAAAUGUUGUAGUUCUUCAGCCAUUCCUGAACCUAUGACCGAAAACAAGCUACAUAUGGGCAGUACCAAAACAAGUGAUCUAAUGAUUCUGUCUCUUCGCACCAAAAUCUGCAGAGCUGGGGUGGGAUAGUUGUAUCCCCCAUAUAUGUAGAACAUUCUAUUGGUUGCAAGAAUUUUGUAUAAUAAUUUAAAUGGAAAAACUCUGUUGUUUUGUGUAUCAGUUCAUAAACUAUGUGCCAUGGAAUCGGUACAUCGAAAAUCUCUUUCCAACUAUUUUGCAACCUGUAUGGCAUAGCUGUCAUUUUUUUGGUCCUUAAAUGAAACUUGUAUACUUCUUUAUUUAUAACAAUUUUCUUUAACCAGUUUUGGCUUUUAAUGCAGGGCCGACAGACAAGUUCCUUACCUUCUCCCCUUUCCACUUGCCUCUUCCAUUUUUGCGGAAAUGCUGCAACUAUAUACUGAACAAAAAUAUAAUGAGGGAAAUAAGUAUUUGACCCCUCUGCAAAACAUGACUUAGUACUUGUUGGCAAAACCCUUGUUGGCAAUCACAGAGGUCAGACGUUUCUUGUAGUUGGCCACCAGGUUUGCACACAUCUCAGGAGGGAUUUUGUCCCACUCCUCUUUGCAGAUCUUCUCCAAGUCAUUAAGGUUUCGAGGCUGACGUUUGGCAACUCGAACCUUCAGCUCCCUCCACAGAUUUUAUAUGGGAUUAAGGUCUGGAGACUGGCUAGGCCACUCCAGGACCUUAAUGUGCUUCUUCUUGAGCCACUCCUUUGUUGCCUUGGCCAUGUGUUUUGGGUCAUUGUCAUGCUGGAAUACCCAUCCACUACCCAUUUUCAAUGCCCUGGCUAAAGGAAGGAGGUUCUCACCCAAGAUUUACGUUACAUGGUCCCAUCCAUCGUCCCUUUCAUGCGGUGAAGUUGUCCUGUCCCCUUAGCAGAAAAACACCCCCAAAGCAUAAUGUUUCCACCUCCAUGUUUGAUGGUGGGGAUGGUGUUCUUCGGGUCAUAGGCAGCAUUCCUCCUCCUCCAAACACGGUGAGUUGAGUUGAUGCCAAAGAGCUCAAUUUUGGUCUCAUCUGACCACAACACUUUCACCCAGUUCUCCUCUGAAUCAUUCAGAUGUUCAUUGGCAAACUUCAGAUGGGCAUUUAUAUGUGCUUUCUUGAGCAGAGGGACCUUGCGGGCGCUGCAGGAUUUCAGUCCUUCACGGCGUAGUGUGUUACCAAUUGUUUUCUUGGUGACUAUGGUCCCAGCUGCCUUCAGAUCAUUGACAAGAUCCUCCCGUGUAGUUCUGGGCUGAUUCCUCACCGUUCUCAUGAUCAUUGCAACUGCACGAGGUGAGAUCUUGCAUGGAGCCCCAGGCCGAGGGAGAUUGACAGUUCUUUUGUGUUUCUUCCAUUUGCGAAUAAUCGCACCAACUGUUGUCACCUUCUCACCAAGCUGCUUGGCGAUGGUCUUGUAGCCCAUUCCAGCCUUGUGUAGGUCUACAAUCUUGUCCCUGACAUCCCUGGAGAGCUCUUUGGUCUUGGCCAUGGUGGAGAGUUUGGAAUCUGAUUGAUUGAUUGCUUCUGUGGACAGGUGUCUUUUAUACAGGUAACAAGCUGAGUUUAGGAGCACUCCCUUUAAGAGUGUGCUCCUAAUCUCAGCUCGUUACCUGUAUAAAAGACACCUGGGAGCCAGAAAUCUUUCUGAUUGAGAGGGAGUCAAAUACUGAUUUCCCUCAUUAAAAUGCAAAUCAAUGUAUAACAUUUUUGACAUGCAUUUUUCUGGAUUAUUUUGUUGUUAUUCUGUCUCUCACUGUUCAAAUAAACCUGACUGAUAAUUUAUUUGUCAGUGGGCAAACGUACAAAAUCAGCAGGGGAUCAAAUACUUUUUUCCCUCACUGUAUCAACUGGGUGGUUCGAGCCCUGAAUGCUGAUUGGCUGAAAGCCGUGGUAUAUCAGACCGUGUACCAUGGGUAUUUAUUUUUACUGUUCUAAUUACAUUGGUAACCAGUUUAUAAUAGCAAUAAGGCACCUCUGGGGUUUGAUAUAUGGCCAAUAUACCACAGCUAAGGGCUGUGUACAGGCACUCCGUGUUGCAUCGUGCUUAAGAACAGCCCUUAGCCGUGGUAUAUUGGACAUAUACCACACCCCUCAGGCCUUAUUGCUUAAUUAUAGUACACUUAUCAUAAUUCGGUUGUAAUCCAGAGAGGUUAGAAAAAUUAUCUAGAUCCUCUGAGGCUGUGGACUGAUCCAAAUUGUAGAUUUAAAAGAACUUGAAUCAUCAGCAUACUUUUUCUAUUUAUUUUAAUUUUAUUUUUUACCAUUUAUUUAACCAGGUAAGCCAGUUGAGAACAAGUUCUCAUUUACAACUGCGACCUGGCCAAGAGAACGCAAAGCAGUGCGAUUUAAAAACAACAACACAGAGUUACAUAUGGGGUAAAACAAAACAUGUACAAUGACACCUUUCUUUUUAAGCCUGAGUCAAUACUUUGUAUAAGCCCCUUUGGCAGCGAUUACAGCUGUGGGUCUUUCUGGGUAAGUUUCUAAGAGCUUUACACACCUGGAUUGUGCAACAUUUGCCCAUUUAUUCUUUUCAAAAUUCUUCAAGCUCUGUCAAAUUGGUUGUUGAUCAUUGCUAGACAACCAUUUUCAGGUCUUGCCAUAGAUUUUCAUGUAGAUUUAAGUCAAACUGUAACUCGGACACUCAGGAAUAUUCAGUCUUCUUGGUAAGCAUCUCUAGUGUAGAUUUUGCCUUGUGUUUUAUGUUAUUGUCCUGCUGAAAGGGGAAUUAAUCUCCCAGUGUCUGGUGGAAAGCAGACUGGACCAGGUUUUCCUCUAGGAUUUUGCCUGUGCUUAGCUCCAUUCCAUGUGUUUCUUAUCCUAAAAAACUCCCCAGUCCUUAACGAUUACAAACAUACAUAUAACAUGAUGCAGCCACCACUAUGCUUGAAAAUAUGGAGAGUGGUACUCAGUAAUGUGUUCUAUUGGAUAUGCACCAAACAUAACGAAAAAUUAAUUGCUUUGACACAUUUUCUUGCUGUAUUACUUGCCUUGUUGCAAACAGGAUGCAUGUUUUGGAAUAUUUGUUAUUCUGUACAGGCUUCCUUCUUUUCACUCUGUCGAUUAUGUUAGUAUUGUGGAGUAACUACAAUGUUGUUGAUCCAUCCUCAGUUUUCUCCUAUCACAACCAUUGAACUCUGUAACUGUUUUAAAGUCCCCAUUGGCCUCAUGGUGAAAUCCCUGAGUGGUUUCCUUCCUCCCUGGCAACUGAGUUAGGAAGGACACCUGUAUCUUUGUAGUGACUGGGUGUAUUAAUACACCAUCCAAAGUGUAUUUAAUAACUUCACCAUGCUCAAAGGGAUAUAUUUAAUGUAUGCUUUUUUAUUUUUCCCCAUCUACCAAUAGGUGCCCUUGUUUUCGAGGCACUGGAAAACCUCCCUAGUCUUUGUGGUUGAAUCUUUGUUUGAAAUUCACUGCUCGACUGAGGGACCUUAAAAAUAAUUGUAUGUGUGGGGUACAGAGAUGAGGUAGUCAUUCAAAAAUGUCCAUGCAACUUAUUAUGUGAGUUGUUAAGCAAAUGUUUACUCUUGAACUUAUUUAGACUUGCCAUAACAAAGGGGUUGAAUACUUAUUGACUCAAGAUAUUUCAGCUUUUCAUUUUUAAUUAAUUUGCAAACAUUUCCACUUUGACACUAUGGGGUAUUGUGUGUAGACCAGUGUCACAAAAUCUCAAUUUAAUCAAUUUCAAAUUCAGGCUGUAACACAACGAAAUGUGGAAAAGUCAAGGGGUGUGAAUAAUUUCUGAAGGCACUGUACAUUAAGCACAGGUACAGUCUAACGUGGCCUUGUGUGUUUCAGUCCUUGCUCACACAGCCCUUGUGUGAUGUCAUCCACGAGGCCAUGACACGUCACAUGCAGGGUAUUGACUUCAGAGAGCGCAACGCAGGACCGAAGAUCGACAUGCACAUGAAGGACGAGGGUGAGUUUGCCACGGUCUGGUCACCUCUGGUUUCGGUCAAACUUUGAGUUAAUAAGUAGUACCAGGAGUUUUUCCAGACCAAGUUACCUGACGAGGAAUAAUUCUGGCCCACCUGUUAUUCCCUACAAGUGGCUCUUGUUGGUUUUUAAGGUUUUUAUUAUGAGGUGCACAUUGUCUUGGUGUUUUGCUUCAGCAAACAUGGUAUAUUGUUAUUAUUCUCCUUGCUCCCAGGCUUCAACGUUGUGGCCAAAGUGCACCGUGAUACUGGCUUUGUUUACGGUGGUAACCGCUUCAACUGCGGGACAUGGAUGGACAAAAUGGGAGAGAGUGACAAAGCUCGCAACAAGGGCAUGCCUGCAACACCCAGGUAAGACUCUAUCCACUGCUUACCCCUCUUUCUUAAAGGUCCAAUUCAGCCGUUUUUAUCUCAAUAUCAAAUCAUUUCUGGGUACUAUUUAAGUACCUUCAUGUGAUUGUAUUCAAUUAAAAUUGUCAAAAAGAAACUAAAAAUAGCUUCUUAGCUAAGAGUAAUUUCUCAAACAAGAAUUUUGCUUGGACUGUAUGGGAGUGGUCUGAGUAGGGAGGGGACAACUGAAAACGAGCUGGUAAUGGCAGAGAGGUUUGGAACACUCUUUCUUAUUGGUCUAUUUACUAAUUUACCGGUCACCAGGCAGGCCCAAAUUACAUCCCUCCACAACAGGCUGAAAUUUCAGGCGGUCUAUUCCAACAGAUCUUACACUAAAAGGGCAUUAUCAUAAUUUCCACAAUUUCACAGUAUUAGUCCAACCACAUCGUGUGGAAGAAAGUAUAUACAAUAUAGGAAAAAAACGCUUUUGACUGCACUGGGCCUUUAAACCAACAAAAGAAUACAAUUAAACCAAACUAGGGAAAAGGGAAAAGCCAGUGUAUGUUUAGUUGGGCGUCUUUCUUGCUUCUCCUGAAGUUCGUAAAGAUGUGAUAAUGCAUAUUCAAUUCAUUUGAUUUGAUGUGACUUGUCUCCCUGGUUGUGUGUGUCUCCAGAGAUGGGUCAGCGGUGGAGAUCGUGGGCCUCAGUAAGUCUGUGGUGCGCUGGCUGGUGGAGCUCCAUAAGAAGGGCCUGUUCCCCCACAGCUCCAUGAAAAUACACAGGGACGGUGAGUGCUGCCUGGACACACACACACAUGCAUACACAUGCACCCACACACACAUGCACCAGCCGUGCCGGCACACACACACAUUGACAUGUAUGCAAACAUAUAUGCGCGAUGUCCCUCCCUCAGAGCCAUAAUUGUUUUACUAAUAAGACAUAAUGAAAACAUUUGUAUUAUAUUAUUGUUUUCCCUUGCAGGUAAGGAGGUGAAGGUUUCCUAUGAGGAGUGGAACCAUAAGAUCCUGGCCAACUUUGAGAAGAACUUCUAUGUGUCCCACGACGAGAAGGACCCCAACGAGAAGCAACCCGACCUGGUCCACAAGAGAGGCAUCUACAAGGACAGCCACGGAGCCUCCAGCCCCUGGUGUGACUACCAGCUCAGGCCAAACUUUUGCAUCGCCAUGGUGGUGGUGAGUUGCCAUCAGAGUGGCAUCAGCCCAUGCCCAGUUCCAUUUCAAUCCUUUGCAUGUUUUUUCUCAUAGAGAAGAAUUUGAAUUUCAGUUUACUCCCAGCAUUGACUGAAUUGAAAUGGAAUUGACACCAACCCUGGUCCUUAGCCCAUUUCCUUGGCUACUCCUUGGGUGUAAAUAGAUCUAAAGCCCUGGGUCAGUGGAAGACAUAUAGCAUGACAUAGUGGUGGAGUUUGUGAGGUAUUAAAACCCCCUAAUGUCGAGGUCCGCGCCCCCGCAUACAUCUAAUUAGCAUAAUAAAAAAAUCCCCAUAAAAACCUGUCAGUUUAAGCUAGAUGCGUCUCAAUCCACCGCAUCCGCCUAUAUUGCACUUCUGCAUCUGUGGUGAAAGGUGACAGAGCUAGAGCAGUGUUUGUCAGACUGAGACUUCUGUAGCGUCCGAACGGUUUGGCCAAAAACUAUGACCCCUCUAUGGAAUGAUGAGACUCUGUGUUUUUCUCUACCACCCCCACAAGCGUCUUGGGACUCGUUUAAAGUCGGUACAGCUGAUCUGUCAACUUCUGUCUGUAGAGUCCGGACAGUUAGGGCUACACACUAAGACCGCUCUGUGGAAAGGUGACUCUCACGAACAUGUACAUGUCAGUUGUUUUGCUCUAGGGCGCCCACAGGCCUCACAAGACUCGUCUGAAGUUCCCCGGUACCAGUUGAAAUAAUGAACGGAAGUAUAUAUGGAGACUUGUUAGUGCCAAAAAUAAGGGGAGAAAUACAUGUAUAAAAAUAAACAUUCCUGAUCUUAUAUCGCUCAGAUAUAGGACAAACACUUCAGAACAAACUUCCUUUAGAUUCUUUUUUUGGGAACUAUCUGUUGUUCCAUGUAGUGAAUCUGUUAUUCAAUGCGUUUGUAUGGGCUAAUAGCAGUAAGCCCCAAAAUAACUUUUCAUCAAAUACACUACAUGACCAAAGGUAUGUGGACACCUGCUCGUCGAACAUCUCAUUCCAAAAUCAUGGGCUUUAAUAUGGAGUUGGUCCCCCCUUUGCUGAUAUAACAGUCUCCACUCUUCUGGGAAGGCUUUCCACAAGAUGUUGGAACAUUGCUGCGGGGACUUACUUAAAAUUCAGCCACAAGAGCAUUAAUGAGGUUGUGCACUGAUGUUGGGCGUUCCAAUUCAUCCCAAAGGUAUUCGAUGGGGUUGAGGUCAGGGCUCUGUGCAUGCCAGUCAAGUUCUUCCACACCGAUCUCGACAAACCAUUUCUGUAUGGACCUCGCUUUAUGCACUGUGGCGUUGUCAUGCUGAAACAGGAAAGGGUCUUCCACAGAGUCGUCUAGAAUGUCAUUGUAUGCUGUAGCGUUAAGAUUUCCCUUCACUGGAACUAAGGGGCGUAGCCCGAACCAUGAAAAACAGCCCCAGACCAUUAUACCAGAUUCGUCCAUCGGACUGCCAGAUGGUGAAGCGUGAUUCAUCACUCCAGAGAACGCGUUUCCACUGCUCCAGAGUCCAAUGGUGGCAAGCUUGUGUGCGGCUGCUCAGCACUGGAAACUCAUUUCCUGAAGCUCCCGACGAACAGUUCUUGUGCUGACGUUGCUUUCAGAGGCAGUUUGGAACUCUGUAGUGAGUGUAGCAACCGAGGACAGAUGAUUUUUACGCGCUUCAGCACUCUGCGGUCUCGUUCUGUGAACUUAUGUGGCCUACCACUUCACGGCUGAGCCGUUGUUGCUCCUAGACGUUUCCACUUCACAAUAACAGCACUUACAGUUGACCGGGGCAGCUCUAGUAGGGAAGGAAUUUGACGAACUGACUUGUUGGAAAGGUGGUAUCCUAUGACAGUGCCACGUUGAUACUCACUGAGCUCUUCAGUAAGGCCAUUCUACUGCCAAUAUUUGUCUAUGGAGAUUACAUGGCUGUAUGCUCGAUUUUAUAUACCUGUCAGCAACGGUGUGGCUGAAAUAGCCAAAUCCACUAAUUUGAAGGGGUGUCCACAUACUUUUGUAUAUAUAGUGUGUUUUUUAAAUAUAUUUUUUUGAUACUUCAAGGGGUCUUAAAAUUCCAAAUCAAAUAGCUAAAUGAUCUUUGGGAUGACCUAAAAAAUAAUUCCAUAUAACUUAGUAGAACCCCCCUCCCCGGCUUAGACAGGGCUUAGACUCUUUUGGGUUAAUGAGUUGACCUGAAUGGUGUUCUCUAUCCUGUCCCUGAGGCUCCUGAGUUGUUCACAGUGGAGAGAGCCUGGAAGGCCCUGGGGAUGGCUGAGAAGAAGCUGCUAGGACCUCUGGGAAUGAAGACCUUGGACCCAGAGUAAGAGACCUCAUUAUCACUCAUAAUUAGAACCAUGUGACCUGACCAGGAGAAUUUAGGGCCCUGAGGUCAAAUGUUCAGGAAAAUCUCCUGGCCCCACUCUUACUUGUUCAUUGACUGAUUUAAUUUUCAAUACAUAUUUUCUUGGCACGUAUACUGACAUCACGUUUAUUUCUCCCCUAGUGAUAUGGUGUACUGUGGUGUUUAUGACAACGCCCUGGACAACGAUAACUACAACGUGGCAAGAGGCUUCAACUACCACCAAGGACCGGUGAGUGCGCCUUACUGAGAAUUGAGUUGUACUACACCUUGAAUUAGCCGUUAUUGUUAACCUUAUUAUGGCAAUGCUCCCGAGGGUAUAAAUAAAGUUCUAUUGAAUUGAUCUGAUUGAUGUAAUGACUUGUUUGUAUUUUAGGAGUGGCUGUGGCCAAUUGGUUACUUCCUGCGAGCAAAGCUCUAUUUUGCCAAGAAGCUUGGGAAGGAGACCUAUGAACAGACAGUGUACCUGGUGAAGAGCAUUCUCUCUCAGCAUUAUGUCCACCUGGAGAGGUAAAUACACACACUAACACACACAUUUGCGCAUGCGAACACACAUUCUUUGAACAUUCAUCCAUGUCUCUUCUAACCCCCUAAGGUCUAGCUGGAAGGGUCUGCCAGAGCUGACCAAUGAGAAUGGCCAGUACUGCCCCUUCAGCUGCGAAUCACAGGCCUGGUCCAUCUCCACGGUGCUGGAAGUCCUCUACGACAUAUAG